AUGUCGCCGGGGUUGGACGUCCUCGUCGCCCCCGCCAUGGCGCAUUCCAUUCUUACCAAGUCCCACGGAUGCAGCUCGGUCGGACGGCCCACGGCUCGAUCCAGCCGACCUCUCGUGAACUUGUGGAGCUGCUUGUUCCGUUGGCGACGGGUCGUCGUGACGUUUGUUGCGUUCCUUGACGUCGGGGAGGUUACUACAGACGUGGCGGAUCGGCCACACCAUGUAUUUCAUUCGGACGAAGUGCUGACGAUAUUUGUGGGGAGCAUGGACACGGCGGGGGUCAAGCUCCCCGUUGUGGGCUGUGCUGGUAUCUGUAUUGUGGGGAGCAUGGAGGGCUUCAACAUGUAUGCGCUGUUUGCUGGCAUGGUUGACAUUCUGCGAGAGGACGUGUUUGGCGUCGACGCUGUAUCUGGUCGACGCGAUCGCAGCAUUUCUAGUGUCGUAGUUGCCGUGGUGCGCGACGGCGCAUAG